AACUGUACGGACCCUCCCAGCUCCAUCCACUGCACGACGACACCCUUGCCUGACUGCGUAGUCGAUCCAAGUACAAAGCGACACGCGAGCAACAUGAGAUAAACGUAUCUGACCACUCUAGUUUGCCUUGGCGAGUAUUUUUUUGACGACAUGUGAGGUGUCUACUUUUGGAACGUUUCCAGCAAGCGGUUCAAUUGAAGAGACGCAUUGGCGUUAUUUCGUGCAGCUUCCGUAGCUCGUCGAGCGUCUUGAUCCUCAGUCGCAGACAGCAUCUCAGUUUCCUUGUGGCAUGUGAGCGACCGAUUCAGUCACCGAACGGGUUUUUUUGUCGAUACGCUGCGUGCCAACAAAUUCAGGCUUCAUUGCUAGGUCGAAUGAGCCACUGGAUGCCAGUCAAGCCCCGAUUCGUGACAACUGCGAGUAACACCAUUCGUUCAUAGGAAGAGCCAGCCUUUCAAAAGUAUCUAUCGUCACUCCCCCCCAGGAAUGGAUGCGUGACAUCGGCAGAAAGUGCUGGAAAAGUACUCGUGUCACUGUUAGUGGAUUUAACAUUUUCGCGUCCAUCGACGAUGCUGGACCUUCAUUUUCCGUUUGCUGCCGUCACGGCUUCUGUACCGUUUGCUGCAGUUGCUGCCUGCGUGUUUACGCAGUGUUCCUCGCUGAGAGCUUUUCAGUUUUUCCAUUCCGAGGCUCAGCCUCUGUUGUUCAGAGCUCCAAUUCAGACCCUCAGCGACUACCAAACGCAUGCUCAUUCGUGUGGCUGAAGGCCCGUAGGUCGCCGCGACGCUAGCUCGUCGGACAAGGCAACAGCGAUAUUAACUUACUGACUUUAGGAACCGUGACCCGCGUUCAGGGGGAUCCUCACAACGGCCGUUUCACCUUUUGGUGCGUCCGACAGCGCAGACGGGCGUUCCUGUAUGAAUUUGACCAGAACUUACCGGGCGGACUGGCCUGAGUGUGCAUUGGCAGUUUCUCAUCGUGCGGUGAAACCGCCGAGCAUGCUAACGUUCUUCUUGGAAGCUGAUGCCGGUUUGUCGAAUUUGGUUUUUUUUUUCGUUUCGCUUCUUCUGCCAACUGACAGCGUGUUCUGAUGCCCCGCCGGUAUGACGGCGACUGCCCAGCACACACAGCUCACACUACAAAAUAGUGUAUUGCGGCGUUACGUUUCCGCUGACCAGGGACAGCGCCUGCGUUAUUACACCAGACCGGCACAAAGGAUUUCACUUGGAUUUGCUAGGUCAUCUCUGCAUGCUGGAUCAGACCUUUGUGCUUCACCCCAUGAUUCGCCGUGCUGCAUUCCCGUGAAUGUUGGCAGCAGAGACGGCGCCAACCACCAGUUCAUUGUGCUUGCGGGUGUCCACGACACUCUUCCGGAACACCAGAGGGGGCGCUCUGCAGGAAAUACGAGAUAUUGUCGGGCAUCUGGUUGGUGUGGAACUACACUUCCAGGGAAGUCUGCUGGACUGUGUAGAUCAGGUGAAGGCCAAGUUAUUGAUAUUUUUGAUGAAGCCGCCGUUGAUAAAUGCAGCUCUGUCCGUCGCAAAUUGUCACGACCGCGCAGCUCAUUUGACGGAUGCAGAGCAUCAGGGAAGGACUUGAUCUUUAGCUCACAGAGGUCCUGCAGUGACACACCGCGAAGGCAGCCGUCUCGGGACAGCGAGGACGUGAAUACUUUUCGAGACAAGCGGUCACAGUCGUGGGGAUCGCGAGCGAGCUGCCUCUUAUCCUCGCGCUCUCUCUCACCCCGGUGUGUCCACAUGGAUGGAUACUUGGUUACAAGGGACUCUGAAGCCUCCGCGGCUGUAGUGCCGUUUGGCUAUGACAUUUCUGUGCCCGCCAGCGGUGUAUCGCCUGUGCAGGUCGUGACGCCGGUCGUGGCAAAACCUGAGACAGAGGUAGACGUUGUGUCGUCCCGUGCACACCCACCGAGGCAAGAUUCGGCUCCUCAGACAGACUACGUGUGGUCGUGGGAGCGUCGGCCGCCUCCACCGGAGUCUGUUGAGCCUCCGACCCUCCAAAGGGACAUUUCGAUUGGCGCUGCGACACUUCUCUCCCUCACAAACCCCAGUGCGUUGCCUGCGUCGGUAGCGGUUGCACAAGGAUCCGCCCUGCCGUUGGUGCAGGGAACAGGACGCAGUGGACCGGGAGAGGGAAGCGUGUUGACGAAUGUCCGGGCCAUGUGCGAGUCGAUUGAGCUGGCUCGCGCUCUCGCGAGCGUGUACUAUACUUCCGACAAGCCGCUUGUUAUGUCUUCCUUUCAUCGGCAUCCGGAGGUCGUCAGCGUUCUCGAAGAUCUUCGACAAAUGCGGACAGUUCUAGUUGACUCGGUUGAAAGACUUCAAUUACAAGAGCUGGAGGAAGCCUUGCAGGUCGCGUGCAUGCGAAGCCUGGAGGAGGAGGCAAAUGCGGGAGGGGAGGUCGAGGCUGCAGAACUUGCAAUGAAGCGCCAGUUAGCUCUCAACAAAGAUAGCGAGGGCGGCUCUUCUGCUCUUGCAGGUGCUGGUGCGUUUGUGGUUGAGGCUGCUUCGAAGCUGGGCGGUUGCAUACGACAGGCAACGUCGGAACUCUUGGGCAUCGACAGGAGUUCGAAGGCACCAAAACCUUCGUCGAGCGGAAGUGAAACGGACUCAGCGACCUCAGCACGAAACGAGAACCGUAGCAGCCUCUCCACUGACCACUCGGUCAGCAAAUUCAGCUCCUGUUGGUCUGCCACCGCUGAUUCUUCCUUGCAAAGUACGAGAGAACCACGAACCACCACACUCCAGUCGUCAAGAGGCAGUGGUUCCAGCGCGUCUGCAGGCUCAGAGGAUAAAAACGUUCUCAUGUUAGAGGCAAUUGACGAGCUACGCGAAAACGACCCAGGCCUGCCUAGAGAGAGCCGUCGUUUGCCCGCUGGCACUCGGAUAGACCCUGCCGCACCGCCAACACCACCGGUCAACGGGAAGGAGGAUCGGGUAUUGGGAAGGCGACAGCAGCCGCGUACGAUCCGAGGACGUCACGACCGACGCGGCCGCAUGUUUGGAGGUGGCAAGACUAGGACUGCCGAAACGGAUUUUGAGACCGCAUCAUUCGCUGCACUGACUCCGGACCAGUCGAUAGCGGAGCCCCUUUCACGGAAAGGCAACAGCCGCUCAUUAUUGGGGGGAAUGAAACGAGGCCGAUCCAUGCCUGAAACUGGGUCGCGGGCGUCGGCAAGCCGCCAGGAAGCUGCUCCCCCACCUCCUCCGCUCGUUGUUGCGCCGGGAGUCUACGUAGUCGGUGAAGCGUCAGACCGAAGACACGCCCACUGGCGGAAUUGGGGUAGGCGCUGGUCUCAUUCGGGUGUUCGAAUAGACGAUAAGUCGGGAGCAGCGAAGGCGUUUCAAGACUUCCGGACCUUGGAAGCUGCCAGACAGUUGGGGAGUGAACUGGCCGUGACUGCUGCAGGGAACGCAGCAGCUGCUGCUGCAGGUGCCGCGGCACGAGACGCUGAAUCCCAGGCACCCCGCUGGCAUUUUCGGCGGGGUAGCCGUCGCAAGAGUUCAUCCGGAACACGAUCAACUCAGGGCAGGUGCGAUGCAGUCGGCGCUACGCCGCUUCUUUCCGUGCCGCAAUCAGGUCAAGCCAUCUCCACCACACCAGGUCAGCAGCUUACACCGUCUAUUGAGGCGCCGGUUGACUGCAGCACUGGAAUGGCUGGGGGUGCAGCAAGACAUGUGCCAAGUGGAGUGUGGGUCGAGACGUUUGCUCCCACGGAUGAACCAGGAAUCAGCUCCCUACACUCUCUCGCGGCGAAGAGGGAUUCGUCAGGACCACUGGAAUUGAUAUUGCUUCGGCCAAUUCCAGGACGCCCUCGUUCGGCAUCCCAUACGCAGGGUGGCGCUGUUUCUGCAAGCGGGAAGACAGGCGGGAAACCCAGUAUCUCUGGCAGGGACCCCCAAACCACGAGGCAAAGUCGAUCCCGGUGGCUUACCUUCAGGCUCCGCAAGCGACACAGAAAGUCUGGAAUUGCCAAUGUCGACGGAGUGGCGGAGUCGAAUAGCGUGCAAACGCGAGAAUUCAAAUAUCAAUCGGAGCCGCGCGCCUCGCGGAACGGCAGAAACGAAACGCGAUCUCUUUCCCGAGAGGCCGAUACAGGCAACGAGAGGAAGGAUUAUGGACUAGAGGUGUCGAAAAAUCGCAAAGCAGGGGCCUGGUUCAGACACGCGUUUUCCAUGUCGAAGCACCGAGUAAAUAAAGAUGCCGGAAACAUCGACGCCGAUCAGGAACGGACGAAACACGCUGACUCUCUCAUGUCGUGUCUAACUAUGCCAGAGGAAACGACCUCCGCGAUGCGUACAGGAAGUCUGCUGAGUCGUGAGAGCAUGACCAGCAGAAGCCACGAGGAAGAGGACCGAGAGCGGCACAGCGAUUUGAGUAGCGGAAUUGAGACGCUGACUUCAAACAGCGGCGAUUACCGUUCAUCAGCGAAUAGACUGUCACACGGGAUGUGGUUGACCCGAAAGCUCUCAAGCCUGCGCUCCAGAAAAGGGGGGAAGAAUCAUAGUCCCCACCAGGACGAUUGCGUGGCUCGUGCAAUUGAAACGUCGUAGGAUACGAGAGGCACUGAAGAUGGUAUUAUUAAGGAGCAUAAUCGUCGGGCGAACGGCAUUCGCACAGGGCCACCGUCAUGAAAGAGCAUCGUUUCAGCGUUGAGAUAGAUGUAGGGUUUUCUGAGAAGCACGCCGUUCAUGAGACGAACGGCGAUACGACAAGUACAGUCGGCACGAGCUUGAGUUGUGUGGUUGAGCUUCCUUGUGACUUCGUCCUUCAGUUUUUUUCGCUGAAUGUGAAAUAUAGAAGGACCGCAGAAAGGUGCAGGUGUGGGAUACACUGCAGGAGAAAUCGUUUUUUUUGUGCACGAGAGAGAGCCCCAUCUUGAGGGAGAGCUUUAAUCUAGUUGCUUACACCCUUCAGCUGCGAGGGAAAACGACUGGUAGAUGGAGCCCUCUCCAGCCUCUUCAGUGAACCAUUCUGGGUGGUUUGGUUUCUAUAGUGUGGAAACCGAACAUCUAGAUCAGUUUUUAAGGGACACAUCAUGUCGUCACUUCCCGUUCGUUGACUUUGCAGCAUGCAGGGCGAAAAGUGGUGGGCUUGGCGUUACGUGGACUGGCUGCGUGUCGCGUGCACUGCAUGUGAGCUUCAAGGGGGUUUCCAAGGUGUCCUCAAGGAGCAUAAAGCCUUGUUUGAAGUAGAUAUUGUCUCAGAUACUUUGCGUGGGUACAAAAGUUUCCCACCGUCGUGACGUGGACUUACGACAAAACUCGAGCCUCGCCUUUUUCGCCGGCUACCCGUGACGUUUGAGAAAUCGUGGGAUCUGCACAAAGGCUCCGAAG